CACAAGAAGAGCUCCUGCAGGUGAAAACAUGAAUCUGUAAGCGCCAUCAGUGUGAGAAAGCAACUGGAUUAUCACAAACUUCAUUUCUAAGAAUUGUUCACAUUUUUUUUUGAUUGUUAUGAAUUAUAUUGUGAUGCGCGCGAAUGAGCACUUUCUGCUGAAACCCCGUCGUUGUUGGACUUCAAGUAUACUUUAAAGGAUUUUUCAAGAAAACCUUUUCUUCUGGAGAAUCAAUAAAGCAAGAAAACUAAGUAGGCUACAGAAGACCUUUUCACGGCCAAGCGUCAAAAUAAGCUCACGUUGAAGAUGAACAUCCAAAACAGCAGUGAUUUAGACAGACCUGAGGGCAACAUAGACUUAGAGGCACCUGAAAAAAACUUAUUUGGCAUCGGCACCGACAACUUCGUCACGCUUCUGAUCUUUGGACUCAUUUUUUCUCUAGGCGUCCUUGGAAACUCUCUGGUUAUCACUGUUCUGGUUCAACGCAAACCUGGACAGCAACGAAGCACCACCAACAUCUUCAUCCUCAACCUCAGCGUGGCAGACCUGUCCUAUCUGCUCUUCUGCAUCCCUUUUCAGUCCACAGUUUACAUGCUGCCCACAUGGAUCCUGGGUGCCUUUAUUUGCAAGUUCAUCCACUACUUUUUCACCGUGUCCAUGUUGGUGAGCAUCUUCACUUUAUCAGCCAUGUCAGUGGACAGGUAUAUCGCCAUAGUGCACUGCAGAAAGUCCUCUUCCAUUCGAGUUUCGAGGCACGCAUUGAUCGGGGUGCUGGUCAUAUGGGUGCUCUCUUUCGCCAUGGCCACACCGGUCGCCUACUACCAGGGCAUCGUGGAAAGUGAGGACAACAGCACGUUUUGCUGGGAAGUGUGGCCAGAUCACAGCAAGAGGAAAAUCUAUGUGGUGUGCACCUUUAUCUUUGGAUACGUGCUGCCGCUGAUUCUGAUAUCUUUCUGUUAUGCCAAGGUCCUGAAUCAUUUGCAUAAAAAGUUAAGGAAUGUCUCAAAAAAAUCUGAGGCAUCUAAAAAGAAGACUGCUCAGACAGUUCUGGUGGUUGUGGUGGUCUUCUGCCUGUCCUGGCUGCCUCAUCACGUGGUGCACCUGUGGGUCGAGUUUGGCUCCUUCCCCUUGAACCAGGCGUCCUUCGUGCUCCGUGUUGCGGCUCACUGUCUGGCCUACAGCAACUCGUCUGUUAAUCCAGUUAUCUAUGCGUUCCUCUCAGAGAACUUCAGGCAGGCGUAUAAGCAGGUGUUCCGUUGUCAGGUGGCUUCUGAGUGCCCUACAAAUGAGGCCAGGGAGAUGAAGAGCAAGACAGAAGCAGCACCAUCCACCAACUGCACCACUGUGUAAUUCCUGCAGCUGUUGUUUUUGUCACAAUUUAUGAUGGCUCACAAAUGAGCUAAGGUUGAGUUUUUAAGCCUGGGAGAAGGCAAGAAGCUAGUUAGAUAUUGAUUUGAAAUUUAACAUGGUUAGAUAUUUGAAUCGGUCACAUGCUUGGAGGUUUGGAUAGCUGCCUUUUUAAGUGCUUUUGACAUGUUAAAAAAGCAUUUGCUGUGCUUACUCACGACGAUGCAUUUCCUUGGAGCGCAAUCGAGACCGUACUUAGCACUUGCUGUGAAGCUGUAUAGUAAUGUAUGGCCUGUAAAUAUGUGCAAUCAAAAAAAAAAGGGAAAAAAGAGAGAGACGGUAAGAGGUAAGUUCGUGAG